UAACAGCUGCCUGGUUGCUAGACGACUCAGUCCGCAACAGUGAUAAGAAAACAGUAACCUCUGCACGGAAAGACGACAGCUUUAUAAGGGAUUUCAGCGAGCCAUGGUUCCUGACAGGCCAUGUCACCGCAUGAAGGGCUUCUUAACCGGAAAAUGUUUGUUGUUCCGGACGAGAAUUCCGAGUUGUCGCAAAGCUAACGUCUCUUUUGUUGACCCGUGUUUUUACUACUAGCAAGAGGAACAACCUGAAGUGAGCUUUUUUGACCUGGAAACAAUGAGAGGAUCACACACGGAAAAAGUCAACUUUUCCAACUUCACGUAACAUUUGCUUAAGCAGCUAUGUUCAGUGCAACUGCUAAGAUGUCUCUGGAGGCGAGUGAUGUUCAGACAGAUGAAGACUGUGAGGAGCUGGUUGAGGAUGGCUUCUCUCUCCCUGCUGAUAUUUCAGAAAAGACAACAAGGAGGAAAAAAUCUUCUGGCAAACCCUCUCCUUCUCCAAGGUCUCCAUACCGCUCCAGUCUGAAUGUGAACCCCAGGAGAGCAGCAAUGGGAGCCUGGAGACUCCCAAGGGCCUCCCUGGGGGACAGCAGAGGGGACACUCCUGGGGAGACUGGCUCAGCUCGCCUCACAUCCCUCAGCAACGGCCAUGAUGUGUCCCAGAUGCUGAGAUCAGAAUGUGAUGUCGCAUCUGAGCUUCUUAAACAGUCCUUGAGCAUGAAGAAAUACAAACAUCUCCACUCAGCCUCCAAUGGUUUCACGUUAGGCACAAGUGACUGCAGAGACAAGGAGGACAUGUAUGACGAGAUCAUUCGCCUCAAGAAGAAUCUUCAGGCACAGAAGUCUGAUAACCAGCAAAUGAAAGCCAAACUUCGGCGCCUUGAGGAGGACAAUGCUAAAAGAGAAAAACAGAUAGAAGAACUGUUGGAUCCCACUAAGGGAUCUGAAUAUGCUCGCAGUUUGGUGGAUAAGAAAAGAGAAGGGAGUGUGGUUCUCAAUGGGCUGAAACAGAGAAUCCUAAAGUUGGAGCAGCAGUGUAGAGAGAAAGAAAACGCUCUAAGCAAACUACAAAGUGAUCUGAGGACCACCAACCUGGAGGAACUGAAGGUCACAGUAGAAACCUACUUUGAAGAGAUCCAGAGACUGAGAAUUCUUCUAGAAGCUGCAGAAAAAAGUAGUCGAGCAGAGAGCAAAUGCUCACAGAGGCAGCAGAAAGCUUUAAGCUCCACAGUUCAUCGUCUGUCUGAGAACCUGAAGCAGCUUCAGCAGGAGAAUGUGGUGCUCAGAGAAGAACUCAACACUGACAGUCCUACUGGAGGAAUUAAAGGUUACAGAGAGUGGAGUAAACAGAGACUGUUGAGAAGGCUGUUGGAGGUGGAGAAGAGGCUGGAGGAGAGCAGAAGACACGCCCAGUCAGCGAAGAGCAGCAGCCGAUUGGAUCAGGAGGUCCAGGCCACGCUGGCUGAGAUUCCAGGGUUUGCCAUAGCAACAGAGGCAGUGGUCUCUGUGGGAACAGUCACUGAGGAAGAGGAAGAGGUUUCUGAUCUGAGGGAACCCCUUAACCAACUGGAGAAGGAGAGGGCGGAGCUUCAAGAGACGCUGUCAAGGAAAGAUGAUGAACUGAAACAGCUGAGUACAGAAAGAGAAGAACUGGAGAAAGAGACCGAACGAUGGAAAGCUCAACAGAAAGAUCUAAUUGACAAUGAGAGACAACAGCACAAACAGGAGUUGGGACAGUUGUGGGCGAGAAUCCGAACACUGGAGGAGAAUAGGAGCAAAUCUGCCCAGGCUGAGCUCUCCUCCUCUCUUUCACCCACAACGUCAAACAAAGAGAGUCAGGAGGACACUCAGGGCAGAGCAGGUUUGGAGGAGGGAGAGGAGAGAGACACUAGAUGUAAAGAGAAGGAGGCAGAAGGAGAUGAAUUAUGUACUGAAGCUGAGAUGAAAGAAAGAGAGAAAGCAGCAUUGGUCAUUCAGAAAAACUGGAGGCAGCACAGGAACAGGGACGUUGUGAUGUUGCAGUCGGCGUUAAGAGGCCAUCUCCUCAGAGAGUCACAGCUCAAAGACAUGCAAAAUAAGGCUGUAGACUCAUCAAGUCGCAGUGAUGUAGCUUCCUCCGUUGGCGGAGAGCUGGAUGUGGUCGCCUUGACGAUGAUACAGGCUGCAUUCAGGGGACAUCUGGCUCGUUGUAGUCUCUCAAUAGAGAGCUCAGGGUUCUCUGUGCCUUCUUCGAUGGAAAACAAUUUGCCCACGCUGGCAUCAAGAAGAGCUCGCUUAGCACACACACACGGCAGAACAGAUGCUGCAUCCCUCAGUUAUGAUGGUGAAAAAGAGGAUGUACAAGAAGACCCCUGGCCUGUCUCUGGCACUUACAGCCCCAAGAUGGCUCCUGCAAAAGCCCAGAUGGAGCUCCAUUCCACAGCAGAGUUUGGUGGAGCCGCUGCAGUUGAUUCUGACGACUCUGACGACAUCAUUGUGUCUCCGUCACAUCCUCUGAGAAGCAGAGAAGUCUUAAUCUUAUAGACCUUCUGGGUGGUGUGAGCUUAUGUGUGUGCGACGGUAUGAAAGUGUAGCUAGGAAGAAUUUAUAUUCAAAGCCCGUAUUUCAGAGGCUUGCAAAUACCGAACAUACCAAAUCAUUAACUUUGAGUUUCUACUGAAAAUGCCGUGAUAUUCUGAGAUUAUUCAGUACAAAGACAGACACACACAUUUUGCUGUGUAGGAGCUUUUCCCACACUACAUCACGUAAAUAUUCUAAGAAUCUGGAUCUUUUUUGACAUGGGGAUGAGUUGAACCUGAACCCUCAUUUUGACCAUUAUUUCUUAGAAAAAUGUCAAUAUGCCAGCGUGUCUGUGUUGACGUGUGAUUAUAAGAUGACCUUUGUUAGCAGAUGGGAAAGCACUCAUGAACAUUUCAUUUUAAUCUGUUAUUUUUGAGCCAAAUAGCCCUGUUUAAUUAGUCUUAUUUAUUCUCAGUGGUUGUUUUCUUUGCCAAAGUGCCUACUGCAUCAAAUUGAGGGUAAUAAAUAUGUUUUAACCUGACCAGCCCCAGUGGGCCACAACACUGUAAACGUCUCUGGAUUUCACAGGCUAAAAUAAUUCAUGAAUCAUAUCUUGACAUGGCUGAUUUGUAACACACUGAUAUAUCAUGUAUGCUUAAUAAAUUAUGGCUGAUUCUGAGGUAUGAUUGAGGGAUGAUUCUCAACUGAUGCACUAUUGAGCCAAACUGUGAAUAAAUUCUAGAUCAGUCUGCUGCAGUACGAAACAGUGCAGUGGAGGAAACACAGGGAGUAUGUCUAAUGCCAGUAAUGCUUGUGCUUUAAAGUAGACUAAUGAUGACCUUUAAGGAGGUAAAAAACAACGGUUGGGUGCAGUUUUCUCCGCGUCGUAUAUAACUCAAUUUUUGAGACAUUCAAUAAAAUGCUGUUUUUAUAAUGAAACCUGAAA